CCGGUAUUUCUUGAAUGUCUGAGCUGGAUUAAGAGAGGGAGGAGAGAGAGACCUCCUACAACACUUUCCUAUUGGGUUUCUCGAUUCCUUUCUUUUUAUCGUUCAAAAAUCCUUCAAUCUGGUUGACAACCUAUCUGGGUCUUUCUAUCUGAUUCAGAGAAGGAAAAACAGGGAGAAAUGGCGACUUUUGCAGGGACAACUCAGAAAUGUAAGGCUUGUGAGAAGACAGUUUACUUGGUAGAGCAGCUCACAGCUGAUAACAAGGUCUAUCACAAGGCUUGUUUCCGAUGCCACCACUGCAAGGGUACCCUCAAGCUUAGUAACUAUUCUUCCUUUGAGGGUGUUUUGUAUUGCAAACCUCACUUUGACCAACUCUUUAAGAUGACUGGAAGUUUGGAUAAAAGCUUUGAAGGUGCUCCAAAAGUUGCCAGAACAGACAGAUCUUCUGAUCAGGGUAAUGCCAACAGCAAGGUUUCGAGUUUGUUUUCUGGAACUCAAGAGAAAUGUGUUGCUUGUAAGAAAACAGUCUACCCAAUUGAGAAGGUAGCAGUUGAUGGCACCUCAUACCAUAGAGCAUGUUUCAAGUGCAGCCAUGGGGGAUGUGUGAUCAGCCCAUCAAACUACGUUGCUCAUGAACAAAGAAUCUACUGUAGGCACCACCAUUCUCAGCUCUUCAAGGAGAAGGGGAACUUCAGUCAACUUGAUAAGCAUGAACAAAUGAAGGGGUGACUGAGAACACAAUCUGAGUGAUGGAUUCAGAAUCUGCAAAUUCUUCUGUUGGUGCAGUGGUUUAUGUUCCCAUUGUAGCCAUUGGGUGUGACACUGUAAGAUCGCAUUCAAUGUUUGGUAAACAUGAGUUGGUAACAGUCAUGGAAGUAUAUAAAUUGAGGUAUGGACCUAGUUUUAUAUUUUCAGGUCUAAGUUCAACAUCGGGAGCUUCAGUUGUUAUUCUUUGAGUGUGAAGGUUUGAGUGAACAAUAAUUAUAGGAGGUUCUAUUCUUAUAAUAAAUCGUGGUAAUGGAAGGUCUUGCCUACUUGGGCCUUGUGAGUUUUAAUAGGAUUUUGUCAUCCCUGGCAGUGAGUUUUAUUACUAUAAAUAUGAAGUAUAAACUUGGUACUUUUAUUUUCUUCUUCCAUUAA